AUUCCAGUGUUUAUACACUAUUAUUCCAGCAGUGUUUAUACUCUAUUAUUCCAGUGUUUAUACACUAUUAUUCCAGUGUUUAUACACUAUUAUUCCAGCAGUGUUUAUAAUCUAUUAUUCCAGUGUUUAUACACUAUUAUUCCAGUGUUUAUUCCAGUGUUUCUACACUAUUAUUCCAGUGGUGUGUUUAUACUCUAUUAUUCCAGUGUUUAUACACUAUUAUUCCAGUGUUUAUAUUCUAUUAUUCCAGUGUGUUUAUUUUCUAUUAUUCCAGUGUUUAUACUCUUUUAUUCCAGUGUUUAUACUCUAUCAUUCCAGUGUUUAUACUCUAUUAUUCCAGUGUGUUUAUUUUCUAUUAUUCCAGUGUUUAUUUUCUAUUAUUCCAGUGUUUAUACUCUAUUAUUCCAUUGUUUAUACUCUAUCAUUCCAGUGUUUAUACACUAUUAUUCCAGUGUUUAUACUGUAUUAUUCCAGUGUUUUUACUCUAUUAUUCCAGUGAUUAUACACUAUUAUUCCAGUGUUUCUACACUAUUAUUCCAGUGUUGUGUUUAUACUGUAUUAUUCCAGUGUUUAUACUCUAUUAUUCCAGUGAUUAUACACUAUUAUUCCAGUGUUUAUACACUAUUAUUCCAGUGUUUAUACUCUAUUAUUCCAGUGUUUAUAUUCUAUUAUUCAAGUGUUUAUACACUAUUAUUCCAUUGUUUAUACUCUAUCAUUCCAGUGUUUAUUCACUAUUAUUCCAGUGUUUAUACUCUAUUAUUCCAGUGUUUAUACUCUAUUAUCCCAGUGAUCAUAUACUAUUAUUCCAGUGGUUAUACACUAUUAUUCCAGUGUUUAUACACUAUUAUUCCAGCAGUGUUUAUACACUAUUAUUCCAGUGUUUAUACUCUAUUAUUUCAGUGUUAUUCCAGUGUGUAUACACUAUUAUUCCAGUGUUUAUUAUCUAAUAUUCCAGUGUUUAUACUCUGUUAUUCCAGUGUUUAUAAACUAUUAUUCCAGUGUUUAUACUCUAAUAUUCCAGUGUUUAUACUCUAUUAUUCCAGUGUUUAUAAACUAUUAUUCCAGUGUUGUGUUUAUACUCUAUUAUUCCAGUGUUUAUACACUAUUAUUCCAGUGUUUAUAUUCUAUUAUUCCAGUGUUUAUACUCUAUUAUUCCAGUGUUUAUACACUAUUAUUCCAUUGUUUAUACUCUAUCAUUCCAGUGUUUAUACACUAUUAUUCCAGUGUUUAUACUCUAUUAUUCCAGUGUUUUUACUCUAUUAUUCCAGUGAUUAUACACUAUUAUUCCAGUGUUUAUACACUAUUAUUCCAGUGAUUAUACACUAUUAUUCCAGUUUUUAUACACUAUUAUUCCAGCAGUGUUUAUACACUAUUAUUCCAGUGUUUAUACUCUAUUAUUCCAGUGUUAUUCCAGUGUUUAUACACUAUUAUUCCAGUGUUUAUACUGUAAUAUUCCAGUGUUUACACUCUAUUAUUCCAGUGUUUAUAAACUAUUAUUCCAGUGUUGUGUUUAUACUCUAUUAUUCCAGUGUUUAUACACUAUUAUUCCAGUGUUUAUACACUAUUAUUUCAGUGUUUAUACUCUAUUAUUCCAGUGUUUAUACACACUUUGCUUUCAAUUGUUUGUUCUGAGUGUUCCUAAUGAAAGUAACUCCAGGAUAACACUUCGAACGCACCAAAUUUUAAAAGUGUAAUUUUCAUUUUACUGCAUGGGAGAUAACCAUCAAACAGCCUUAUUGUUUUGAUUAUUAUUAUUGUUAUUAUUAUAAUGUCAUAUAUUGAGUUAAAGAGAUAAUUAAAUGUUGCUUAAAAUAUGAAUGUAAUAACUAAUUUUAUUAUUGUUGGUUUAUAGGAGUUUGUGUCAUUCAUCGACUCUUGGGUGGCAUUCCAUACUGUUAUCAUUUACGUCAACCAGUUUAGGUGCACAUUUGUCUCCCUUUAUAACUCUACAUCCUGGAGGUGGUUGAAAUACACCAGCGUUUA